GUGAAAUGUCAAUGUCACGUCACAACACUAUUAUGGAAGGUAGAGGCAAGGACCAGAAACUCCUUAGGCAGAAUUUUUGCAAAAGUGUCCAGCUGUCAACUAUAAAUAAUAGUUCCAAAUCUCUCCAGAGUAGCGCUAGGAUAGCUAAGAACCUAGGCGUUAUUGACGGAGUGAAGUGCGCUGUCUAUAAUUAUAUUUUUUUCUCAAGUAUUCUAGGUAUUGUAGCGCCACCUAUUUCACUAUUUGUCGGACACUUUUUGGUAUGUGGAGAUUUUGUUCCUUGCCUCUACCUUCCAUAAAUACUAGGUUAUCAUAUGACAUCACGCACACUAUUACUUAUUCUGUGGUCAGAUCAGAAAUGAAUGUCACUUGUCAAAUAUAUAUCAUUCCACGUGUCUAUGACCGUAAUAUGAUAAGAUUCAUUGGUUCCAUGUUCGUAUAAGCGACUGACAUGUCUCUGUCUGGUGCCGCUAUGAUGGAGGGAGUUGCGGAGUUUGUGAGAGUGAAAGAGGAGCUUAACUGGGAGCAAAAUGCGGACGAGAGUAUUGUGCUGUUGCCUGAACACAGAAUAGAGAGGCUUAAGGACGAGCCAGUAUUCGAGGACCCCUUAUGCCCCGACACAGAAUGUAAAGGCCCAGAGCACUAUGGCCAGGACAAGGCUGGACUUGUGCCGGACCACGGCCAGUCUUUGGUGGAAAAAGUUGAAUUAGAAACAGACUGGGUGAAAGACGAGCACUGUAAGGAGGAGCUCUUGCGGUACACAAGAUCCUGUGGGCCCGGGCUCUAUGCCGAACAGGACAAGGCAGAGCUUGUGCCGAAGCAAGGGCAGUCUAUAAUGACCCAGAAUGAGGCGACAAACCGAACAGUAUCCGCUAAACAAGAUCCACUGCAGGAGUGCGAAAUUCCACACAAGUCCAUCUUUGACCAGCACCCAUCACCGCAGAGUCACGCAGGAGAGACUGCUGACCGACGAACAGCUGUAGCGGGUACCCCCCAGGACAUCGACGAAAUAUUCAAAUGCGAGACUUGUGGCAAAACAUUUAAUCAAAUAUUCUACUUAACCUCACAUAUGCAACUACACAAGUACAACUUGGAAAUGAUUGAAAGUAUUGAAACUGAGACGAAAGCAUACUCCUGCGAAAGCUGCGGAAAACAGUUCGCGACUAAAAAACUUUUAUAUGAGCACGAAUUGGAUCACAUACCUCAUGAGUUCCCUUGCGAAAUAUGUGGUAAAAUGUUUAGUUUUAAGUAUCAACUGACGAAUCAUGCAAGAAUUCACACGGGUGAGAAGCCAUAUAAGUGCACUAUGUGUACAAAACAAUUCGCGUUUCAUAGCAAUUUAAUUAGACAUGAACGACGGCACACUGAAGAAAAACUGUAUAGGUGCAAUGUAUGCGAUAUGCGCUUCAGAUAUUACAGUAAGUUUACUGUUCACAGGCGGAUUCAUACUAUACGCAUAAAGAUCCCCUGUGACGAAUGUGGAAAACUAUUUUUCGAUAUAGAAUCUCUAACUAUUCAUAGAAGGAUUCAUACUGGUGAAAAACCCUACUCCUGCUAAAUAUGCGGUAAAAAUACAUACAUACAUUUAAGAAAUUUCAAACCAACUUACCAAAAUGCAUCACAGGGAGACAUUGCCUAAAUAAAUUCAAAAACUUAUUGAAAAAUAGAAAAAGACGUAAGGAGUGUUACAUUUGGGAAAUCGUUUAAGUCAUUGUGGUUUGUAUUAGCACGAGUUCAAGAUAUUUUCUUGUAAUUAUUGUGUGAGAAAGAAUUUAAAAUCAUAUAAAUUAAAAGAAAAUGAAAGAAGAUCCAUUGGCGAGAACCCAUACAGUUGCGAAAUAUGCCAAUUGCCCAAUUAAGGUUAAAUAGGAGAAAACGUACCCGAUAUACGAGUUCUUAGCUGGAUUUAGGAGCAAACCUCGUUAUUGUAUGUUGCAGUUCUUUGGAAAUAACUGUUGGAAAAAAUGAUGUACCUUAAAUUCGAUAUUAACAGGUACGGUCACGCUCCGUGAUUGGCGAGCCAUUUAGAGUCCUAACUAAAUUGGUCAUGAAUACUUACCCUAUAGAAGGUCGAAUUAAGCUAGAACUGCAUAAGAAAAUCAUAAGUCCAAAUCCUAUUAUGGGUUUAGUGAUUAAACUAUAGUAAUCUAAA